AUGUCUUCAACACCAGAAUCGGAAUUGGGAACACAACAAUCAGACGGCUCUCCGGCACCGUCACAACAAUCAACACAACUACAGCCCGCCUUGCAGCUAUCAGCCCGCGAACGCAAGCUGGAAUCACUCAAGGCUAGCAAUCUCGCACUCGAGAAACAGAUCGCUCAGGUCCAGGCUAAGCACGAUGAGGGUGUGAAGAAGCUCAAAAACCCAGCAGCAUCUGAGACGGUGAAGCAGCAUAUUAAGUUACUCCAUGACUUCAAUGAGAUACGGGAUGUUGGGCUAGGGCUGAUCGGGAUGGUUGCGGAGAACCGGCAACGGAGGGUGGGAGAAGUCAUGUCUGCUAGCCACGUAUCUCUCCCCACUAACGGCAUGGCAUUGUGUAGCACGAGACCAGCACUUCACCCCACUAAGGACCUUGAGCAGGACAUGCAGGGUCGCAGGUCAACACAAGCGCUAGAACUGAACCGAGGCAAAGAUAAUCAGGGGAAAGUACUUAACUCAAAUGUACUCCACGACGUGUUUAGCCCAUGGAUUGUCGAUAAGCAAGGGGAGGGGCCAUUCGAGUCUUGUCUGGGUCUCUGUGAUAGAUGCACCUAUUAUGACAAGGUCGACCCGUACGCUUUGAAUAUUUGA